AUGCCGCCACUCGGGCAUCCGAUGCGGGCAAGAGCGAUCGGCUUGUACAAAGAACUCCACCGUCUAGGAAGAGACUAUCCAGAUCCCAAGUACAAUUUCUUGGGGAAACUACGCAGCAUGUUUGAAAGAAAUGCGCAUCUGACCGACGACAAGGAGAUCAAGGCUAAACUCGACCUGGCAGAGUUUGUCAAGAAAGAGACAGAAACUCUGUACUCGCUCAAAAAAUAUAGGACGAUGCGCCGACGUUAUGUUCAGGAAUAG